UACAAAACAUAUAAGUAUUGAAAUAUCAUGAAAUCGUAUGUGGUUUAUGGAGUGGAUCAAGUUGAAGUUUUAGAUUAUUGUCUUUUACACUUUAGUUCAUGUUGUAGACCAAAUAGGGUAUUUCUUAGUAGACAAGGCUUUUUUUUUUGUUAAAACAUGGUUAUUAAUUAUAUGUAUUGUUAAAACAUGGUUAUUAAUUAUAUGUAAGGUAAAACACACAAAAAGUUAAAGAAAGAAAUGUGAGGAAAAGAUAAUCUAAACACGAGUAAGCUAUUCCCAAAACAUUUUGUUUCCAAGGGAACGAGAGAGUUAUCUAUUUUAGUACUUUACAAUAAAAAAGGAAUAAGCCAGAGCAAAUCAAGUGUGAAAUUAAACAAGAACAUUUUUAUGAAGUUCGAAAUCAAGCAAUAAGGAUAAAUCGACAUAAAUGAUGAGUCAUGUAUCCAGUUACUUUCUUCUUUUUUUGGUCAUAUAUCAUUGUCAUUAUAUAGUGUGAUGUUUGUAAGUUGCUCACAUGGUUUUUAGAGUUUGCGGAUGGAGCCGGUGUGCCUUCCACAGGUGCACGUGCCGCCAUUGGUCAUGCACUGGCUACGCCCCUGGCCUUCCAUGAAUAUUACUUUUUAACUUUAGCCUAAUUCAUUGGAUCCAUUGUUUUCUAAACAUUUGAAAAGAACUGAUCUUUUGAAAAGAACGGAUGUACAUGGCCCAUGUAUAAAUUCUCUACUUGAACGUCACACGGUUACCACUUACCAGAAACAGAAACCAUUCUUGUUUGGUCGUUAUAAUGAACACAUGCCUUCUUUGCAUGGGAUUCUUCUUUCGUCGACUCAAAAAAAAAACUCUUUAAAAACAGAAGAGAGCGAGAGUAAUCAAAACAUAAGAGACAAUAGUUCACGCGAGAUAUCGAGAGAGAGAAAACGCUGACUUCCAGAGAUCGCCUGUGAGAAAAGAAGAUAGAGAGCGUGAUUCUACAAUGGAUUUCCCGCAGAUUCUUCGUUUCAUCCUUGUUCUAGCCAUCAUCAAAGUUGCAGUUACUAUUAAGACUUCGGAUGGAGAUGAUGUCGAAUGUAUGGAUAAAAUAAAGCAGCCAGCAUUUGAAAGCACUUUACUAAAAAAUCAUAAAAUUCAGGAAUGGCCGUCCGAAAUUCCUCGGACAGUCGAAGCAGACAAGAAAAGCAAACUGGAAACUUGGGAAGCUCAAGUUAGUACUGUCAACUGUCCGGAAGGAACCGUACCAGUACGGAACUACAGUGUCAGUAAGACUGACCGGACAGGGCCUGAUUUCACCAGUUACAAUCGUGGACAUGAGUAUGCGAUCAUAAGUCAGAAAAGCCCACCAGAACUAUACGGAGCAAAAGCCACGAUUAACGUAUGGGAUCCGGCGAUAGAGGGAAAGGAGAUGUCUAUAUCUCAGAUUUGGAUUAGCUCGGGAAAAUAUAAGACUAAUGACCUUAACACCCUAGAGGUUGGCUGGCAGGUUCUUCCGACGUUGUAUGGCGAUAACAAACCGAGGCUAUUUAUUUUUUGGACAAGUGAUUCGUAUAAGAACGGAUGCUAUAACCUAAGAUGCUCUGGUUUUAUACAAACUAGUAGCAGUAUUGUCCUUGGUGGAGCUAUUUCUCCCACUUCUUCUUUCGGAGGUAGUCAAUACGAGAUUACCAUACUUGUAUGGAAGGAUCGUAUCUAUGGGAAUUGGUGGCUGAGUUUGGGACCCAGUAACUUAUUGGUAGGUUACUGGCCGAAAGAACUUUUCACAACCUUAGCUGAUUACGCAACCAUCGCGGAAUGGGGCGGUGAAAUCUUAAACUUGCAAAAUUUCAGCCGCCAUACAAAGACUCAAAUGGGGUCUGGCCACUUCCCCAAAGAAGGAUUCGGCAAAAGCAGCUAUUUCCGCAACCUCAAGUUCAUAGAUAACAACAAUAGUCUGCAGCCGAUCCAAAAUAUCAAGAAAAUAGUAACAAACCCUGAAUCCUACAACGUCAAGACUGAAUAUACCGAUGAAUGGAAGAGCCAUUUCUUUUAUGGAGGGCCUGGGUUUAGAUCUACGCAGUCUCGAGCCGUUCCUUUGGCAUUCAGUUCAUGUUUUGUCAUCUAUUGCUUAGCACUUUUUAUGGUUUAGUUGUUUCAUGUUUUUAUUUAACUUUGUGUUGUAAAAGUACUUUGUUUAUAAUGAAAUAUAUCAAUGGUGUAACUAUGCUUAUAUUAAC